AUGAAUAAACAUGAAGUCUUCUACGCGCCACCGGUUGGUCUUUUGUCGACGGGGCUCGUCUCGUGGCACCAGCUCAUCUUUGACGACGAGUACGAUGAGGACGACGAGAACUUCGUACGCUACUAUCGUGCGCGCCGCGAAGCGAAGAAGCGACGCGGCCACUCGUCACGCGUGGGCGAGAAGGCAAACGUCGAGCGCAAUCGCGUCGAAGGCAUCACUCGCUUUGGCGCCUUACUCGUGCGCGAAGCACUGGCGCGCUGUCGCUUGUUCGUGGCGCUGUCGGUGAUUUUGACGCUCCACUUGGGUGAGGCCGACAGAAUGCGCCAACAGCUGAGGACGUCGAAAUUGUAA